AUGGUCGAGAAUUUAAAGCAAAAAUCAUUGCAAAAGAGCAACGUACAGACCUUGCCGUAUUUAAAGAUCAUUGGGGAAGAGUUUCCUUUUCUUGAGCUAAAAGAUGCAGAUGAAUUAGAAGUUGGUGACAUUGUUUUGGCAAUUGGUAAUCCUUUUGGUUUAGGUCAAACAGUGACAAAUGGUAUUGUUUCGGCACUGGCACGAAAUCAAUUAGGUGUGCGAGAUUUCCGUUCACUCAUCCAAACAGAUGCUGCGAUUAACCCUGGAAAUUCAGGAGGCGCACUUGUUGGUUUGGAUGGGAGGUUAGUUGGGAUUAAUACAGCAAUCUUAUCACGCAGUGGAGGCUCUAUGGGGCUUGGGUUUGCGGUGCCUUCAAACCUGCUUGUUCCCCUUAUUGCGAGUGUGGAUCAUGAUGGAAAAAUUUUACGUCCCUGGAUGGGGAUUGCUGUUCAAAGUGUUGAUGUAGAGAUGGCUAAAACUUUAGGGUUAUCACGUCCUUAUGGGGUUUUGAUUACAGGGAUUUAUAAAGGUUCUCCUGCAGAUAGG